AUGGCUUCGUCUUUGCUCGAUCAAGCGAUCUCUGAGGUCCGUAAUGGACUUUCCCAGCGUGCAGCAGCCAAGAAGUACGGCGUACCCCAAUCCACCAUCUCCGACCGCAUGCGAGGCACUCCCUCCCUUCGUGCAGCCAAAAUACCCCAACAACGGCUGUCCCCCGCCCAAGAAUCCUUCUUGUGCAAAUGGAUAUUGGAUGAAGAGAAGGCUGGCCGGGCUCCCAACCGUCGUCAAGUAUCAGGGAUCGCGACGUCGAUAUUGAAAAGAGGAGGUGACAAUGACAAGCUGGGCGCCCGUUGGAUCGAUCGCUUCCUAGCAAGAAAUCCCGAUAUCAAGACCAAGCUUUCCAAGCCACUCGAGUCAGCCAGAGUCAGAGGUUCUGUUGAUGACGGUGCCUUACCAACCCAGCCAUCACCACCUAAAACGCCACCCAGGGACGAGAUAUCUGAGGCCAAUAAUAUAUUCAAGACUCCCCAGAAGUCCAGGGAUAUGCUAGAAGGCAUUCACAACGAGAUAUCUGAUCUUAACCGUAAUAUCAGGACUCUUUACACCAAGGCAGCCAAGUCCCUGGAUAUCAAGAACGCUGAGCUCGCUGCAAAAGAUCACCAGAUUCAAUAUUUACAGACUCAACUAGACUCAAUGAAGCCCAGGGGUAAAAGGAAGGUUAAAGAAGGGGGUAACAAUAGAUUUGCACGGGUAGAAGCGAUUCUGGAAGCUCGUGAUGCCUCAAAAGAGGGUCCCAAGCGUAGAAGGGUUGCCACGGCAACGACGACGGCACCACCACUGCAAGAGUUAGGGAGAGCCUUCUAGCCAAUCUACUAUAUUAUUCAAGAACAUCAGGAAUAAGAUUAUGACAUUUUGAAGCAUCAAAAUCACUGCAAAAGUGGCUAGUUUGCAAUGUUAUCUGGUGCCUGGUGAUGAAGUUACAUGACUGAGGGUGGGAGGUGACCGGGGUUGGGGUCAGCACGUCUAGUUGAUAAUAAGGUCAUAAUUU